UGCAUUAAGUGAUAGGGAGCCUUAGAACGGCAGGCACAACAUCCGCGGAGGAUGGGAAGUGGCUGGAAGGGAGCUCUCUGUGUUGAAAAUUGACAGAAGAAAAAAGAGAAGGACUUGCUUUAUUCUAAAGAGGAAGCCCUAAAUCAAGAACAGAGGAAUAAAAAUCCCUCGAACGCUGGGAAGAGGCCCAAGUUCUUUCAUCCCAGUGGAAGAGAUCCUACAGGAAGGAGCAGAGAGAGCCCAGCGUCACCUCUUCAUCGAGGCCUUUGUUUCAACAGGCAGGGUGGAUAACAUUACCAUGGUGAUGGGGCUUCAUCCUGAGUACCUAACCAGCUUUUGGAAGACACAGUACCUCCUGCUGCGGAUGGACGGGCCUCUACCAUAUCACAAACGCCACUACAUUGCCAUCAUGGCUGCUGCGAGGCAUCAGUGUUCCUAUCUGGUUGGCUUCCACAUGGGGGAGUUUCUGCAGAUGGGUGGGGAUCCAGUUUGGCUGCGCGGCUUACAAUACGCCCCGCAGAAACUGAGGAAUCUCAACGAAAUCAACAAGAUUCUGGCCCACCGACCUUGGCUGAUUACUAAGGAACACAUCAAGGCGCUCCUGAAAACAGGGGAGAACAGUUGGUCAUUGGCAGAACUCAUCCAGGCGCUGGUGCUGCUCACCCAUUACCACUCGUUGACUUCCUUUGUGUUUGGCUGCGGCAUCAACCUGGAGAGCGACCAGGAAGCGGCCCACGCCUUCCAGCCCCCUUCCCCACACAGCUGUGACAGCAGCCCAGGCUCCGACGAGGGGAUGAACACUUCCAGCUUUUCCCAGGGCACAGAUGCUAUGGAGGAAGUAGAAGUGCUGAUGGAAAGGAUGAAGCUCUUGCAGGAAUGCCAGCUGGAUGAAGAAGAAGUCACCCCGGAGGAAAUGGAAAUCUGCUUUGAGAGGGAAAAGAGAGAGAGCCUCCUUGUCACUCCCUCAGAUAUUGCUGAACACUCCCCGCCUCCCAAUAUAUUGUGCUUUGUGGAAGAUCCCGAGUUUGGAUACAAGGAUUUUACUAGAAGAGGAGAACAGACACCUCCAACUUUCCGAGCUCAGGACUACACUUGGGAAGAUCAUGGCUAUUCACUCAUCAACCGCCUAUAUCCUGAUGUGGGUCAGUUGCUCGAUGAGAAAUACCAGGUGGUCUACAACUUAACCUAUAACACCAUAGCCAUGCACAGUGGGGUGGACACAUCCAUGCUCAGGAGAGCUAUCUGGAAUUAUGUUCACUGCGUCUUUGGAAUCCGAUACGACGACUAUGAUUACAGGGAGGUGAACCAGCUUUUGGAGCGUAGUUUGAAAAUCUACAUCAAAACGGUAGCCUGCUAUCCAGAGAAGACCACCAAGAGAAUGUACACUCACUUCUGGAGGCACUUCAAACAUUCUGAGAAGGUGCACAUCAACCUUCUUCUGUUGGAGGCGCGCAUGCAAGCUGCCCUGCUGUAUGCGCUGCGUGCCAUCACCCGCUACAUGACCUGACUGGGCGCUGCUCCCCUCACCCUCAGAGUGGCGAUGAACCGGACGGACUGGAGAUUACUUUUCUCAAAAGACUUGUUUUUUUCUGGAAUACAAUGUAGGGUAGGGAUACCUGUCUUGCCUCACCCUUAACCUGUCGCUUUCUGGAGAGGCAUGUUUUCUGUUUCAAGGGGGUCUUGAUCACCUUCCUCCAAGAAACAGCAAGCUAAGGGGGGCAGAUUGUUUUGUGGGUUGAGGUGGUAGCAGGAGGAGAGACCAAACUGUUCAGUCACACAUGUGAUGAAUGCAGAUGAUGUUGCCCAACCUUUGCCCUCUUCCUCUAAGACUCUGGACUUGUCCUGUGCUUUCUCUUGAGUUGUUUAAGCCCUGCUACCAAGUGGGCAAAUGGUUUCAAGGACUGCCCAUUCUUGCCGGGACACUUGAAAACUCGGUGUCCCUAUAUGGGUCCGGUACGUGCCCAAAUUUCCAGCCUCACCGUCCUUUGGCUGCCUUUGCCACCCUCUUCCCUCCAUAACUGGUGUUUAGUGCAAUGAAUGUUGGAUCUCAUGGCUGUGUCCUUUCUGACAAAGGUGCUGCUGAAACAAAGACACAAUCAACCAAAGAGAUCUCUCUGCUGUGAAAUGGCACUGCUCCUUCCCCCCUUCCCCCUUUUCUCUUCAUGUGGCCUCUACUGACUGUAGGACUCUUGAAUGUAUGACUCUGAAUGUUCAAGCAGAUUCCUCAUCUCUCUUUUCUUGCUUGGGAAGCUGUUUGGGUGGUUUAUACACAUUUAUAUGGAGGAGACACAUAUGUGAACCUGAAACGAGCCGUAUGCCGCUGCAGUUGGCAACUACACUACAUUGCUCAUUUCUCAGCUCAGUUGAGGAUUGCACUCCAAUUUGCCUUAUUUUGCACAGGAAGACAGGCACAUCUCUUUGCCACUGGCCUAGGAAUAGAACAGGAUUGGGGAACACUCAGUCCUCCCAGUGUUUUUUUGGGCUGCCACUCCCACCAGCCUUAGCUCACAGAGUCAAGGGGUGAGAUAAAACCGGAGUUGCAUUCUGGCUAUAUCUGGACGGCAAUACACUCCCCACUGAUAGAACAGAAGGUUACGUGAAAAGGUCCUGAUGACAAUUUUACUACAGGAAACCAAUUUCUGAGCGAAAGUAUAGAUACACAUGUCUCUGGUGUAGGAAGAGAGUGCAAUUUGUGAAAGUGUAGGUGCAGCAGGUUGUGGGUCUGUGCCUGCUGUCCUUUUCCCAAGGACUUUAAAAAAAACACGUCUCAGUAUUACACAGAUCAUAUGUUUCUUUGUAUUGUAAGAAAUUGGUGCUGUCCCAAUGUAAUUCUGGCUGGCUGGGGAUAUAUACACAUGCAUGCCCCAAGCUUGAUCUACCAUAACUGGUCUCACUUGAGAGUUCUGCUGGUCUAGAUAAGAAGAAAGAAGAUCAGGUAUGGGCAAAUGUUGGCCCUCUAGAUGUUUUGGACUUCAACUCCCACCAUUCCUAAA